UAGAGCGGCUGUGACUGGUGAUAGCGGGCGUUUCUGAGAGUCUCUCACUCCAUCUCCCAGGAGCCUCGGGAGCGGCGGGUCCGGCGCCGGGUGGCAAGAGGCGGGUCUUGGAGACCACAGUACCCCUGCGUUCCACUGUGGUUCGGGGGUGGUGGAAGGAAGCUCUUUGGAAAGCACAGAAGCUCUUCGGAAGUCGCAGUCAGCAGGUGGAGCCCCUCGCCUUAAUUUGCACCCAAGAUGAGAAGACUGAGUCCUACAAAUGUUAAGUGAUUUGCUCAAGGAGCCUCAGAGCAUAAGAAUUGGAGUCCAGGCCACCACUCUGUCAGCCUGCAACUAGGUAUAAAGGAGUGCUUGAUCAGAAUGGCUGUGGGAUGGUUUUAUCUGUCUGUCAUGGUGCUGUGCUCCCUGGGCUCGAUGUGCAUCCUCUCCACCAUCUAUUGGAUGCGGUACUGGCAAGGUGGCUUUGCCUGGGAUGGCACCAUGCUCAUGUUCAACUGGCACCCGGUGCUCAUGGUUACGGGCAUGGUGGUGGUCUACAGUGCUGCAUCGCUGGUCUACCGCCUGCCCCAGUCAUGGGUAGGGCCCAAGCUGCCCUGGAAAUUCGGCCACGCAGCCAUGCACCUGCUGGCCUUCAUCCUGACUGUACUGGGGCUGCACGCCGUCUUUGACUUCCACAACCAGAGAAAGAUCCCCAAUCUCUACUCCCUGCACAGCUGGCUGGGCAUCACCACCGUCUUCCUCUUCGCCUGUCAGUGGUCCUUGGGCUUUGCGGUCUUCCUGCUGCCCUGGGCGUCCGUGCAGCUGCGCAGCCUCCUUAAACCCAUCCAUGUCUUCUUUGGAGCCUCCAUUCUCUCUCUGGCCAUUGCAUCUGUCAUUUCCGGCAUUAAUGAGAAGCUUUUCUUCAGUCUGAAAAAUGGCACCAACUCGUACUCCAGCCUGCCCAGUGAGGCCGUCUUUGCCAACUGCUCUGGGAUGCUGGUGGUGGUCUUCGGGCUGCUGGUGCUCUAUAUCCUACUGGCUUCGUCUUGGAAACGCCCAGAGCUGGGGAUGCAGGCCGAAAGACAGGCCCUGUUGCACGGCGGGGAGUGAAGCAGGAAGGGGCUGCCAGGAGCAGUCGGUGGUGCGGUCUGGACUCCUUCAGCUCUGCUCUCCCUGGGGCUCUCGUCCAGUCUCCCCUCGCCUCUGUGGUGGACCUGCUCUCUCCCCAGCUUGCUGCCCACAUGCUUUCCUUGGUGUCUUUGGCUUCUCCACCUCUUCUUGGCACUGACUUCUCAGGUUGUUCGUUUACCCCAGGCCCUCCUUGCCCUGGCUGCUCACGCCGCUCCUGCUCGUAUGAAGUCAAGCUCAUUUCCCCUCGCACCCCUAGGGGUGUGGUAGAGAAUCCCGAGAGCUCAGAUGACCUGGGAAUCAAGUGCAAUCCAUACCGUGAAAAGUGAGGGAGCCGAUGCUUCCUCGGCUUUCCCUUGAAGUUUAGGCCGCUGCCCCGGGCCAGGCUUCAUCUGCUCUGUUACCUCCAUCCAGCCCAUCUGGACACGAGGCUGGGCGGGAACACGGUGAGGCGAUGGAAGGACAGGGGAGAACGGCAGAGCUGCUUCUGCAGAGGGGAAGCUGAGGAGCUGGCCGCUCGCUGUUGUUUCCCGUCGCUGCACUCUGUGUCGACGUGUGUUGUGUGUGCCCUUCUAGCUGCUGCUACAACUGGGGCCUGGAUCCUGGCCCUUCCCUAUGACGGACGGGCUGUCAGACAGCCUUAUGAGCCCUGGUAACCUGCUCUCCCACGAACAGCCUGUCCCACGGAGGAGUAGCAGGGGUGCCUCGAGCCUCCUUUCCUUUCCCUCAUCGGGUCCAGGCUUGCCUGCCUGUCCCCGGGCAGGUUCAACCUUGCUGUCUCGGCAGGGCACUUGCUCAGCUAUUUUCACUCUCCAGCUUGCCACGAAACGUGCCAAAGUCGUGGUGCAUUGUACCCAGCAGAGCCCUGGGAGCUAGGCCACCUCCAGAGGCGUUCCUCACUGAGCAUCCAAGUGCCUCACUUGCCCCCACGAUGGCUACGUGCCUGGCACACCCAGUCUCGGGUGUGAUGCCAGAGUGUGCCGCUGCUCUUCCGACGAGACUGUGGUGGCGUCUUGCUCCUCUCCUAAGUGUUGGCACUGCCCUCUCCAAACAAGCCCUGCCAGGUCCCAGGCUCCAUACUGCUGUGCUUAGGUGACAAGCAGCAUGACACCUGGGGUCCCGAGUGGGCCUUACUCCCUGGCAGGGGCCACGAGGCUGACUGUCCACCCCACCCACAUGGCCAGAUGCUGGCAGGAGGACUAUGACAGAACUUCUCAAGUGGCUGAAGCCCUCAAAAGCCACUGGGAUGACUGCCAGGCACCUUGGUCAUAGGACCAGCUCCCCCUCUUUCCGCAUGGGUAGGCAUUUCACUUACGAAGCUUGAUUUUCAUUAAACGUGUUUUUAAGAA